AUGAUGCACUGGUCGAUGCAGCGGCAGAGCUCCUGGGUCCAGCUGGCUGGACAUCAAGGUAACUUCCAGCUGAGUGAGGGAGGGGAGGUUUUGAAACUAUACAAUGAAACUGAGGCAAAGUGCCUGGACUGUCUGAUGAGAGACAUGCUGAGACCCUUUGUCCCACAGUACCACGGUUUGGUCACCAGGGGGGAGCACUGCUACAUCCGCCUGGAAGACCUGCUGAGUGGCCUGCGGAGACCAGUUAUCAUGGACUGCAAGAUGGGAGUACGGACGUACCAGGAGGAGGAAGUGACUAAAGCCCGGGCCAAGGCCACCCUGCGCAGUGACAUGUACCAGAAGAUGGUGAAAAUAGACCCGUCGGCGCUGUCAGCGGAGGAGCACGCUCAGAAAGGAGUGACCAAGUGGCGAUACCUUCAAUGGAGGGAUACGACCAGUUCUACGUCCACGCUGGGCUUCAGGAUAGAGGGCAUCAUGGUAGGAGCAAAGAUGGAGGACGGCAGCGUCCAUCGGGACUUUGGGAAAAUUCUGACUUUAGCUCAGGUCACGGAGGCAUUGCUGUUCUUCACCAGGAGUCAGCUGGACAUCCUGAAAGCAUACCACUCCAGACUCUUGGCCCUGAGUGAUGCACUGAAAAAUUCACUGUUUUUCAGAACCCAUGAGGUGAUCGGCAGCUCGCUUCUCUUUGUCCACGACCACCACAGAAGGGCCAGUGUGUGGAUGAUAGACUUUGGUAAGACGACCCCACUGCCUGACACGAGCGAGCUCCAGCAUAACGUCCCGUGGGCCGAAGGGAGCAGAGAAGACGGCUACCUCAUCGGUCUGACCUCGCUCAUCACUUCUCUGAGCCAGGCCAUCAGUGUGGCCUCCUGGCAGCAGGAGGACAGCUGUGGAGGAGAAAAGAGUGUCAUAUGACAUUGAGACACCCCUUAAAACAACACUCAAAUUCAGGAUCAGGUGGACAAAAUGGUUUGCUGUUACACUUUAAACUGUUGCCUCUUUUCAUACUCUGGAAGUGACAGAAGAGGAGGAUUUAUUUAUGGGGAAUCUGUCUUCACGGGCUGAGGAGAGAAACGAGGGAGUACAAUUUAGCUAAAGUACACAGAAAUCUGAUGUCGUUUUACUGGUAAUGUAACUGUGGAGAGAGUGUUUUAUCACAAAGAUUUUAAGAUUUAAGAGACUUUCUCUGCUUUUCUAUUACAUUAUUUUAUUUUUUAUUUGUUGGGUUCAAAGUUCUCACAUGUUGCAACGCAUCUUAAACGUUCCAAGUAAAAUAAACAAUGAAUGCCUCUGUC